GCCAUUGGUCCGCGGCGCCGUUGGCUCUCCAGGCGGUGUCCGGACGCAGGUGCCGGCCCGGAGCAGAGCGAUCGGAGCCCCUGGGACCGGCCGGGCCGGGAGCGCGCCGGCGGCGAGCGGAGGCCCCUGAGCGGCCGCCCGGCCCGGCCCCGCAUCAGCCUCCUUGGACCAUGGGCCUCGGACCCUGAGCCCCCAGAGCGCCUUGCAGUCAUGACAACGGGGGACUGUUACCACCUGCCCGGAUCCCUGUGUGACUGCUCUGGACCUCCGGCGGGCUCCAAGGUGGUGGAGGCCACGGGCCCUGGGCCGCCUCUGUAUGUGGCCCAGGUGACCGCCAGGGAUGGGCGGCUGUUGUCCAGUGUCAUCCGGGCCCUGGACACGCCCAGCGAUGGCCCGUUCUGCCGUAUCUGCCACGAGGGGGCCAAUGGGGAGAAUCUUCUGUCACCCUGUGGCUGCACGGGGACCCUGGGGGCCGUCCACCAGAGCUGUCUGGAGCGUUGGCUGUCCUCUUCCAAUACCAGCUACUGUGAGCUGUGCCACACAGAGUUCGCCGUGGAGAAGCGGCCCCGGCCCCUCACUGAGUGGCUGAAGGACCCGGGCCCCCGCACCGAGAAGCGGACACUGUGUUGUGACAUGGUCUGCUUCCUGUUCAUCACACCGCUGGCCGCCAUCUCGGGCUGGCUGUGUCUGCGGGGAGCUCAGGACCACCUCAGGCUGCAUAGCCGUCUGGAGGCCGUGGGCCUGAUUGCCCUCACCAUUGCCCUCUUCACCAUCUACGUACUCUGGACGCUGGUUUCCUUCCGGUACCAUUGCCAGCUCUAUUCAGAGUGGAAGAGAACCAACCAGAAGGUUCGCCUUAAGAUCCGGGGGGCGGAGGGUACCCAGCUGUCCCCCCUGACUGCCGAGCUCCUGAAGAAGGCGGCCGAGGAGACCCCCGUGUGACAGGCGCUGGUUGACUUAUGGCCAGACUCAUGCCCACCUCGACCCAGCCAGAGGAAGCUUCUAGAAUCUCCUACCUGCCACCAUCGCCAAGAGGCCAGACACCAGGCCCUGGGUUUCAGACGGACACGACCUUCAAGCUUCUCUGGCGAGCCACCAAGCCCCAGCCAGAGGGGAGGCAAAGACAACUUCUUCCCCUCCAAAAGAAAAAAAAAAAAAUUUAGGCUGGGAGGAUCCCCCACCCAGCUUCCUGCUGCUUCUCUGCACCCAGCCCCAUGGCAGGCUGGCUUUUGGGGGAUCCCAAGCACACACCACUUUAUAGCUGCACCGCGUGGCUGAAGCCCCACCCCACCCCACCCCAACACACACCGGUCUCCUCUCUGCCCACCCCCCCACCCCUUUUCCCGGAAUGAAUUAGGUGUGUGUCCUUUCUAACCCAAAGUGGACUUUGUCACCAGCCGUCUCGGACCCGAGGCCAGCAGAGUCCGGGGCCCAGGAGCUGGGUCUCACCCCAGUGCCGGUUUGAAGAGAUCACCCUCUGAGUAUUCCCAGAUGAAGACGUGCAGUCCAAGAUUCCCAAGUCAAAAGGCAGGGAGUCGGGGGUGAUGGAAUAAAUGUUUGUUUUUUCCUGAAA